AUGGCCUUAUCACACCUACCACUUUGGGGCAUCCAUAUCGAGACACAUAAACAGCUCCGUAAGCGCUUGCGCCCGGGGUGGCGCACGGCAUGUGCGAGUGCGACCGGGGAGCACUGGCUCAGGAGCAACCUGGACAGGCUGGCUCUCACCUUUGGCCGGCCAGUCCUGGGCAUUCACAACUCAACCUACGGGAUCGUCUUUGACCUGCUCGAGUGCAUAGUUCAGCGCACAUUCGGCUACGCCACAAAGGACAUACGCCGGUGCUACGUGGAGGUGAAAAAGGCGCUGUCCGACGAGAAGAACACCAAGGUCGUCUUCAUCCUGCACUCCCAGGGCGGAAUCGAGGGCGGCGCCAUCAUCGACUGGCUGCUUCAGGAGCUCCCCCAGAACCUGCUGUCCAAGCUUGAGGUCUAUACUUUUGGCAACGCGGCGAACCACUUCAACAACCCCUUCCGCAGCGCGGCUGCCGAGGCAGAGGCAGACAAGAAGCCCCUCGCCGCAGCGGUCGACGCAGCCCUGGGCACGACGGCAGGAGCAGCACAGCCAGUUUCGAAACCGGCCGAAGGGGUAAAGCCUCAGGAGGCAAGGAAGAACGACCCCCACUGA